AUUUCAUCAGCCGCAACGCCCUAGUAUUCGUUCUCUAUUACAGCGUCAUUGUUAGAAUGGGUUCGUGAGAGUCUCGGUGGAGACUCGCGAAUAGUGGUUCGUGUACGGUAAGGAGGCAGAUUCACGGAACUGUGUGAGCGUAUUAGCACUGAUGAAAUUUCAUCCCUGGAAAUUAAACGUUACUACUUAAAAGGUCCUAGACAGUUGACACAUCUCGACGAAUUCUAAUAAUAUGAUUUAUCUUAUUUACGCGCAGCAACCGCAUAAAAAUCUCCAAAUUUAUUCGAAUCGACAAAAAUUUGUCAUUGCAAAAGAUAAUAGGAAGAGCCGUUCAAGUUAAAAGUUAACUUGAAAGCAGUUAACAUUGAAAAUUUGAAAAAUUUAACAUUGCUUGGAAACGUUGCAGUCACCAGUUUACCAGUUAAGAGACAAUCCUGAAUUGCAAAACAGAAAAUCCUAAAAGAAAAUGCUGUCCAAAAUGUUAUUUCACGGACGAACAUUCAACCGUCAGAAAUUCGUUUGGACGUUAACAAAAAACGACAGACGUCGUAAGCUGUUCUACUUAACAGCUAUGACGUUCCUACUUCUCACCUACGUCAUACUUGGCUUUCCGUUACGUUAUAGCAACAAGCCUAACUCACUUAAAACUGUCACUCCGUACGACGAGCUCAGCUGCGGCUGUAUGAGAUUUUACGCACGUUCGCGUUGGACACCGUCGCUGUGUGGUGCCGCAGCGUCUGCCCGCGGUCGGGGCCAGAAGGUGGUCUCGUUCAGCGUGUAUGGUCCGUACCGUACGGAGCUGCACUACAAGAAAUACUGGCGUCAAAUUGAAGACAGAAUCAAAGACGUCUCCACGAGAUAUCCAGGUUGGAUCAUGCGUCUAUAUCACAACAUUACUGCUGCAGAAAAAGAGCAACAUGAACUUUUAUGUCGGCUUUAUUGUCAGUACUCGAACUUCGACCUCUGUAAUGCAGAAAAAAUAUAUCCGGUAGACAAGAAGGUCGAUAACUACGUCAAGAAAAGCUUCUUGGUCUCGCCGGCAAUGCUUGCUGGCUCGAGCACUGAAGCUGUUCAGUCGAGCUCAACUUACUCUGCAGUGGCUGAUGCUGAAAUCUCUUUAUUAGAUCCCAAAUCUAGUCAAGCUUCAGCUGAAGUACAUGGAAGUACACAAACCAAACCUCAUGAAGUAAGUACAUCCCCAAUGGUUCUAAAUAUAAUCGGGAAAAUUAUGGAUGAACGCAUUCAUCAAGGCAAAGAGCCCAAGCUUAGCUAUGGUAAGCUUUUGGUGCCAACAAUGUGGCGUUUUUUACCAAUGGCUGACCCAAGUGUGUCGGAGUUUUUAGUGAGGGACAUCGACUCGACUAUCCUCCCUCGAGAGGUCGACGCCGUCACACAGUGGCUCCUUAACACCACUGCGAUGGUGCAUGUCAUGCGGGACCAUCCCAGCCACAACGGAGUCAUAUUAGCAGGAAUGUGGGGCGGGUCAAGGGAGCGCGGUGCUGACCUCCUGGAGGAGUUGUUCGUCAAGAUGGUGCGCUGGCCGCCCCGGCAGCUCUGGGACUACGACCAGCGCCUCCUGCAGCGCGUCGUGUGGCCGGAGAUAAAAGAUUCUGUGGCUAUCCACGACUCAUAUUUCUGCAGGGCGAAGUUAUUCAUGGCGAACCACAGGAGUCUUGCGUUCCCAAGUCGAAGACAAGGCAAAGACUUCGUCAGCUGGGGCGUGCUGAGGGACGAAGAGAAGAAGGGUAUAGUGCCUUGUCCGAAGGCGUGCAGACCUCACAACCACAAAGACUGGACGUUUUGUUGACAUUGGGACAUUAUUAGAGACAUUAAGACAUCAUUGUAAAUUUCGCACAUCGUAAAAUCGUUGCGCAAGCAAACUUCAAAUGCAUCUGGAAUUCAGAAAGCAAAAAAGUAAUAAUAAUGAUAAUCUAAUUUAUUUAUA